AGCGCCGAUUUGCAGAGAAAGUCAGAAAUUUUGCUUCCAAAUAUCUUGAAUUUCUUCGUCCCUGACUAAGAUAAAUAGACAGGCCUCAUCAUGGCUUUUCAGCCCGAUCUUCUUACGAUUUUAUCAAAAACAGUAUCGCCAGAUCAGGCAGAACUCCAAGCUGCACAGAAUUUCUUGGAGCAGGCUGCACUACUCGAUUUGCCUGGCCUGCUGAAAGAACUCUCGGACAUCCUCAGAAAUGAGAGCAACCCUGCAGUAGCUAGAGUCCAGGCUGGUCUGCAGUUGAAGAAUGCAUUCUACUCCAAAGAUGAGGAGACAAGACAAAAAUAUGUUGGCCGCUGGUUGACCUUUCCAGAACAAAUUCGGCUGGAGAUUAAGGAAAAUGUUCUCAACUCACUUGGAACAGAGAGCGAGUCGAUACGUCCCAGCCAGGCGGCUCAGUGUAUUGCCAGCAUCGCAUGUGCUGAACUUCCCAAUCAUCUGUGGCCUGGUAUGGUGGCUAAGCUGACGACAAAUGUGACGACACAAGGCAGUACUGAGAUGCUAAAGGAGUCCACACUGGAGGCGAUAGGUUACAUCUGUCAGGAUAUUGACCCCGACAUCCUAGCAUGCGAGGCCAAUGCUAUCCUGACUGCUAUUGUCAAUGGUAUGAAAAAGGAGGAAUCUAACAGAGUGCGCCUAGCUGCCACCAAUGCCUUACUCAAUUCGUUGGAAUUUACAAAAGCAAACUUUGCCGAAGCAGCUGAACGACAUUACAUCAUGCAGAUCGUCUGUGAGGCGACACAGUCCGAUUGUGUCCAGGUCCGAGUAGCAGCCCUGCAAUGCCUUGUAAAGAUCCUCACACUCUACUACAAGUAUAUGGAGGACUACAUGGGACCAGCCCUGUUUGCCAUCACGCUAGAGGCAAUGCGUAGUAAUGAGGAUGAGGUUGCUCUCCAGGGAAUCGAGUUCUGGUCGAAUGUCUGUGAUGAGGAGGUGGAUCUGGCCAUCGAACUGUCUGAAGCGCACGAGCAGGGCCGUCCGCCAGAGAGAAGCAGCCAGUUAUAUGCCAAAGGCGCUCUUCCGUACCUUAUACCAAUUCUACAGGAAACACUUACCAAGCAGGAAGAAUGUGAUGAUGACGAUGAGUGGAACCCAUGUAAGGCUGCUGGUGUAUGUAUGAUGCUGCUCGCCAGCUGCUGUGAAGAUCCCAUUGUCGACCUUGUCAUGCCUUGGAUGAUUGAAAAAAUAGCAAACACCGACUGGAGGUAUCGAGACGCAGCCAUCAUGUCAUUUGGUUGUAUCCUGGAGGGCCCCGACCCAACUAAAUUCAACGGUUACUUGCCGACGGUGAUGCCCCUUCUCGUCAAAACGUUGUCCAAUGAGCAGGAGCAUGUCGUCGUCAAGGACACAGCUGCGUGGACUGUUGGCCGAAUAUGCGAGAUUAUUCCAGAAGCUGUCAUAAAUGAGAAACAUUUGAUGCCGUUGUUGGGUGGUUUAGUCAAAGAGUUGGAUUCGGACCCUCGAGUGGCGUCAAACGUCUGCUGGGCGUUCUCCAGCCUCGCUGAAGCAGCAUACGAAGCCGCUGAUACCCCAGAUGACACCAGUGAACCCCCGACGUACUGCUUGUCAUCGGUGUUCCAGGUUAUAGUGAAUAAAUUAUUGAUGACGACGGAUCGUCCAGAUGGUGGACAGCACAAUCUCAGGAGCGCCGCCUAUGAAGCGUUAAUGGAAUUAGUUAAAAAUAGCCCAAAAGAUUGCUACCCAAUUGUCCAAGAAGUCACCGUUAUUAUUCUCGACCGAUUGGAAAAGGUGUUGCAAUUAGAAGAUCAUAUUCAAUCCACAUCGGACAGGGCUGUCUACAACGAUUUGCAAUCGCUGCUGUGUGCAACUCUGCAGAGUGUACUUAGGAAGGUAUCAACGGAACACGCCAUUGCUAUCUCUGACCCGAUCAUGAAGGCGUUACUGGUGAUGUUCAGCCGAUCAAGUGGAAAGUGUGGUGGCGUCCAGGAAGAUGCCCUCUUGGCGGUCUCUACGCUCGUUGAAGUCCUUUCAGACAAAUUCUCUGUAUACCUCGAAGCGUUCAAGCCCUACCUGUUGAUUGGACUCAAUAAUUAUGCAGAGUAUCAGGUGUGCUUGGCCGCCAUUGGUCUCGUUGGUGAUAUCUGCCGAGCGAUGAACGGAAAAGUCUUGGACUUGGCAAAGGAGAUCAUGCCUUUGCUACUGGUUAUUCUAAAGAACGAGGCUGUCCACCGAUCUGUCAAACCUCAGAUCCUGUCCGUGUUCGGUGACAUCGCCCUGGCUAUUGGCGCCGAUUUCAGAGUGUACAUGGACGUCGUGCUACAAACAUUAUUCCAAGCUUCUCAAGCCCAAGUGCAGAAGACAGACCUCGACAUGAUAGAUUACCUGAACGACUUGCGAGAGGGUGUAUUGGAAGCUUACACAGGUAUCGUACAAGGACUAAAAGGAGAUGGCCAACCAAUAACAAAUGACAUUGGGGUCCUGAUGAAUCAUGUCGCUCACAUGACCAUGUUCAUUGAGAUGAUCGCCCUUGAUGAGGAUAAAAGUGACAGCAACAUAGCCUGCUGUUGUGGGUUAAUAGGAGAUCUAUGCACAAUAUUUGGUACCCAUGUCGUGCCACUCUUGGACAAGGAAUCGAUAAAUAACCUACUGCUUCUUGGUCGCAAGUCAAAGACGAACAAAACGAAAACGCUCGGCAUGUGGGCUUCUAGGGAACUGAGGAAAUUGAAGAAUCCUCAGUCAUGAACCUGGCUCCCCAGCGGUUAACGACACGUUGCUGAUUGGUAUGUGUGGUAUGACUGCGGCUAGUGUGUGUGAUAUCAUCUCCUCAUCAAUAGACAAUACAGAGCGCCCUCUGGUGGCAUGAUUGGUAACCAAAAGAGAUCAACAGACACGUUUUGCAUUUGCUACAACUACUGUUGUAAUAGUCUGGCAAUCUCCUGUACUGGGGUUUGUUAUUUUGCUAUGUUUGAUACAGUAACUUCUACUCUGGUAUUCUCCAUAGAAGGAGAUUUCGGCUCCAUCAUACUCUAAUCAUUUCCGUAGUUGGUGAAUCGAGUCUACGUUCCUAAGCAACCAAAAUUAAACCACCAGUUUCAUUUGUUUGCUAUGUUUGAGCCAUCAGCCAACAUCUGGUUGUGAUCGAACCCUGUUGCAGCAUAGCAAAUUAGUAACUUCAAAAGGGAUUUCCGAGACCACAAUGUGAUAUUUUGGUAUGCUUUUGGUACCAUUUUGUCCAUGGCCAGGGCAAGUACCUUGGUUAAACUGUUGAACUUGUACUCUCAGAACAUUACCCUACACCUAAAACAAUAAGAGCGAAUUGUUAAGAAUCGGUAGAUAUCAUUACUGUACUGUCUUAUCUGACUAAGAUGUUGAAAAUUUCUGUCAAAAUGCCUGAAUAUGGCAGCCAUUGUUCCAAAUAAAGGUUCAAUGCCUUCUUCAUGGGUUACCCUGAUGCCUGCUCAAAUUGCACCAAGUGUUGAUGAUAAUUUUUCUCGUGUCUGAUGAUGACGAGUCUAUGUUCUAGUAGAUAUUUUCUCCGCACUAGGUCUCACUUUACAAAGUGCAAGUAAAAAGUCAUGAUGUUGGUUUUCAUAAAAUGAGAAAAAAACCUCUCGCAUCCCUUGUACCUUACUCAGCUCAAAGGUCAUUGCUUGGUACAUGUAUAUGUCGGCCUGUUGCCUGAAGGAUAAUUGUCAUCAACCCUUGCAUGUCCUUUCAAUUCUGCUGCCAUUCUUCAAUUAGGUUAACUUGGCUCGCUGGCCUUUCGAACGAUUGGUGUAGACCACACAGUGCAGCCACCACAAAGUAAGCUCAUGUUACUGUUGGGGGUAAUGAUGAAAGUCUUCGAAUCUAUCUUGCAACACAACCAAUGUUAUUCAACAUUUGAUGGUGCAUUCAGGAAAAACAAAAUAUCAGUAUUUUUGUAUGAAAAAAAUCAGGAAAGUCCACAUGAAACAGUAGUGUGUUAUUGCCAGGCUCUGCUAAAAGUCUUUCAGUGAACUUUGUAGUGUAAACUGUCCAGUCUCCAUUUUGUUUUCUCUGUCAUGAAAUGGUGAGGUGGUCUCCUAAUGAUUACUUUAUUACUGUCAAUCAUAGGUCAUUUCUUCGUUUUCUUACACUUGGUGCCUGCCUAGUGUCACAAUAAUCUGGUUGCCAUGGUGACCCUGUGCUGACGUUACCAAGGAACCAGUCACCCUGAAAACCUUCUGAGAAACAGCUUUAUCUUGAGUUGAAACCAUGGUCAUGUUGAUAUUAUAGUUGCUGUACAUGCUGGAAUGGUUGCUAUGGAACUUCAAUGGUUGCCAUGACAAUUGCCUUGUUGCCAUGAAUAUGUUGUUACCUCUUCACACGGGUGAAUGAGUGUGUGUGACUGUGAUGUAGGGUUGUGACCUUGGCGUGGUUGGUGCAGUUGGCCAUACAUUCCACGCAGGGUCCGUCCUAAAAAACUGUGCAGAGCACAUUUUUGAUAUGGUUGCUAUGUUAGUUUGUGUGUUGAAAUAUCAGAUCAGACAAUUGUCAAGAUCCUUCAUUGCUCAUUUCUCUCCCCUCAAAGGGUUAAAUUCAUAACAACUAAAGCCUGGUUCCUACUCGAUCUCUAGUGCAGUUCAGUACAUCUCCGGUCAAAACUACUAGAUUAUUUUAGGCCAGGAAAUGGUUAGUGAGUGGUCAUCUUGCUGACAGCGAGAGUACAGGGACUGGGCCGUAGUUGGCAAGUGAUUGGUUUGCUGUUUCAGCACACGAUUUGGUUGGGUUUGUUUGUCCUGUGUGUUCGAAGGCCCCUUGUGUUCAGCUGCCACAUGGCUGACAUAUUGAAGGGGUCGAUUCUAAUGUGUUCUGCAUUGCUUAAAACUCUAUUCAAAAUCACAGCUUGUCCCAAUUCCGAUGCACUUUAAUUGAAAAGGCCAUUGAUCUUUGAUUUUGAAUCCAGUUUUAUGCCUCCCAUCGGGUGUGACAUAACCCAAGAACAGCCAGCUGUUACUAUUUAUGUCUUGCACCCCUUGGAUACUUAAUUUGUUGAUUGUGAAUUCAGUUCCAAUGUAAAUUAAAUGUACUCUAGUUGACAUGUUAGUUAAAUUUAAUUGAGAAACACUUCCACAUUUCUUAGGACAGUGCACUAUUGCUGCAAGAAUGUUACAGCACAAAAGGAAAUAAUAGAUUUUGAGAACAAUUGAGAGUCAUUUUGGAUGUCAUUGAAAAUAUAUCUCUAUGUGCAAAAGUUUGCCCAUUUCACCUACGAAAAUGUGUUCUAUUCUUAACUCUCAGUCUGUAGAAAUGUGCUUUACUAGUAUUGCCUUGAAUUUAAAAUUGUUAAGAAUGGUUCUUUUCCAACACUUCUACCUGCAGUGAAUCUGUAAAAACAUGUCGGGUCAAAUCACGGUGGAUAGUUUGUUUCUAACAUUGGUACUUUCAAGUACCCAGAACCAGCUUCACAAUUUGGGAUAGUUCAUUUUCGUCCUGUUUCGGGGAGAAAUUUUGUUCCCAAAGCAUUCAGUCAAAUAGGGUAAAAUGGUACUCGGCUGUUGUACAAAUUAUGUAAAUGUAUAUUAAAAGCACAGACAAGUAGGUUGCCUGAUGAUAUUUUCAAAUUGGCCUUUUUGAUACGACAAAACAGUAGAUGAAGCCUAUUGUGGAUCAUCUGCAGGAUGUGCUCUCUGCACUUGUCCGGAGAAACCAGCCGUUUCCGAGGCGUUCCAAAUGUAAAUAGACAUUUUCCAAAUUUUGAUAUGAAACUGGAAGAUUCUAGGCUGUGCCUGCUUGUCUGUUAAUGAAGUUUUCAAGCGAAUCAUUUCAUCUUUGUAAGGAGUCCCUUCUUGUCAGCGAGCGGGGGUCUUCCCUGCUUUAUCGGAUGUUUGGAGUGAAUGGCUCAAACAACUCAAAACUAAUCCUCUUGUCUUUUACAAUUUGAGGUUUACUGGUGACUACAUUCUCUAUUUUAUGGGACUCUUUACAUGUACAUUGUACAGAUUUCAUUGGGUGCUUUGAAAAUAGCAGUAUAUUUUGAAGACCCAGGAAGAAAGUCACCCCAGUUUGUGCAGCUUUUUCAUUGAUGAAUAUGAAUUGAUUCAUGAAAUUAGCUCCUGCUUCCUCAACUUAACUAGGUUAUGUAACAAUAGUUCCCCGUUUCUGAGGGACUGUGAAUUAGAUCAAACCAAAUGUGCUGGCACCAUCUCAAUGGCUCUGCUGUCUAAACUGUCCUCAAGAGUCAACUUAGUAUAGUACUAGAUGAUUAACCGAAUUCGCAGUCUCACAGGAACAGUAAAUCCAUCUAAAUGUGCUCCUGUUUAUUCCAGAAUCCUUGAUCUCCCUACACCACCAGAAUCGGGCCGUCCAGAUACUGUAUUAUCUUGAACAUGGACAAGCCGAUUCUGACAUAAUAGGAGUGAUAGGUCAGCCAACAUGUGUUGGGUUGCAUGUGCUAACAAAAUUUUGUGCUCCUUUCUGACCUGUGAUUCCUUUAUAAGGGGAAUGAUAGUUGGAAUGGAUGAGCGAA